CUUAGCAAGAAAGCCGGCACUUUGGUGUUCGUUAGCCGCGUACUUGUACUUCUGCUUCUACCUACAUUUACAUGUCAUGUUUUCCGUUUACAUGUUCUAGGCAAACAUGACAUGUAAACGGACAAAGUUAUCGUUUCAGCAACGCACAGAUAGUCGGGCUAAUCACCACCGCUGUGUGCCAUUCUGCACAGCAUCAAGUAGGUGCAAUUCUCUACUGAGUUUCCACAAUUUUCCAAAGGACUUGGAACUGCAGAAACAGUGGGUUGUUAAGAUCAGGAGAGACCAUUUUAUAAUCACAAGUACUUCCCGAGUGUGUUCGCGACACUUUGUCACUGCUGAUUUGAUCGAGCCUCCCACUUCUGCUGGACGACGACGACUACGACCUGGAGCUGUUCCUCUGCUUUUCCAUUGGAAUAACUAUACUAUCCCAAUGCCACGACCUGGAGUAUGGGAAAGAACAGAGCGUCCACUCAACACCGACCCAACAGAGAUGCAGACUGAACCUGAUGAUGAUGACCCAUGGCCCCAUGGACAUGACUACUGCGCCACUUCAGAGCCUGCUGCGCUUGAUCUCUCCCUCAAUGAGAGUGAUGAGCUACGCAAGGAGAUAUCAAGGCUCCGGAAAGAAAUCGAGGAGAUAACCAUUAGCAGCAAGUUCGGUUUGGAGCGGUUUUCUAUCUCUGAUGAGGAUAUACGAUUCUAUACCAGGUUUGCAAGUCAUGCCCAUCUCAUGGGCUUUUGGAAGCAAAUUGAGCCAGCCACAGCCAACAUUGUACGGGUUACAAGAGCACGGAGUGCAGCAAAGACUGAUCUGGUCCCUCACUGUGGCAGUGUAACGGUUCUUCAACCAAUUGAUGAGUUCUUCCUGUUCAUGAACUACCUGUCACUGGGACUGAUGCAAAAGGAUUUAGCCCACAGAUUUAGAAUUCAUCGAUCAACUGUAAGUCGCAUUAUUAACACCUGGGCCAACUUCCUUUAUAAUGUAUUGGGAGCUGUGGAUAUUUGGCUAGAUGAGGACACUGUGAAAGCUCACCUCCCAGAUGUGUUUCAGGACUACACUGACACUCAAAUAAUUUUAGAUUGCACAGAACUGCGAUGCCAAACCCCAAAUUCCCUUCUCCUCCAGAGUGAAGUGUUUUCCACUUAUAAAUCACACUGUACAUUCAAAGGGUUGAUUGGGAUAGCCCCUCAUGGUGCAGUGACCUUUGUGUCUUCUCUUUAUCAAGGUGCUAUCAGUGAUAAAGAGAUCUUAAAGCAGUCUGGCAUCGUGGCCCUUCUUAAGCCAUCUAUGGCCAUCAUGGUGGACAAGGGUUUCCUUGUGGAAGACUGUGUUCCAUGCAAAGUCCACAUACCUUCAUUUCUGUCAAAGAGAGCUCAACUGUCUGGGCCAGAGAUCAGAAAGACGCAGUCCAUUGCAAGACUGAGAGUCCAUGUUGAGCGUGCAAUUCGCAGGGUCAAAGAACAUAAAAUAUUCAGCACAGUGAUCCCCCUUUCAAUCACAGGCAGCAUAAACCAACUUUUUGCUGUUGCCUGCGUUUUGGUUAAUUAUCAAAAUGGUCCCUUGGUGAAAGCCUGGGCAAGCAAUUGCUGAUCUCAAUUCAGAACUGGACAGAUGAUAAUGUAUCUUGUAUGUAUAGUUCAUAUCUUUGUAGUCACUUGUAACGUUUUCUCUAACAUUAAAAUAAUCUUUUUAGGGCGUGCACCAAACUGUAAGUAUAGGCUGUGAUAA